CCCAAUCAUGUCAUGCUUUCUUACCAGUGGGAUGAUCAGGCACUGGUGAAGAGGGUAUAUGACCGGCUCAUGGAGGAUGGCUUCACAGUGUGGAUGGAUAUUGAAGGAGGGGUCUCAGGAAAUAUCAAUGAUGCUAUGGCUGCUGGUGUGGAGGAUGCAGUCGUUGUGUGCCCCUUCAUGACCCCUGCUUACCAGGCCUCCCGCAGCUGCAAGAAAGAGUUGAACUACGCUGACGCGCGACAGGUGCCCCUCGUCCCCGUCAUGGUGACCAAAAACUGGGAGGCCAGCGAGUGGCUCGGACUGCUCACUGCGGGCCAGCUCUGGGUGGACUUCAGGAACGUGGACAAAAGUGAUGAUCACUUUGAGAAGUGUGUGAAGUCUUUGGAGGAAGAGAUUAUAUUUGUGGCUGGAAAUGUAUUGACCAUUCAGGAACCCAACAGUGACCCAGACAACACCUCAAGUCGAGAGAGACUUAAGCGAAAACCUGGUCGAGGAUUUCGCCAUGCUCUCACUCAGCUGUACCUUCGGGAGUCAGGUGAACAGAAAUUUCAUCCAGCAAGUGAGACUCGGAACACCGUGGAGCUCCAGUACAGCCCUGGUGACCACGGCUACUGGGAGGAGGUCAAAGGCAGCGGUUGCAAACGCUACCGCAAUGUAGUAACCAAUGGAUACCUUGGAUUCGAUCCUAACGGAGACUACGUAUACACCAAAGCAAAUCCUUACGGAGCAGAGGAAUGGCUCCUCAUGGUGGAUGAGUCUGACCACAGUCACGAGAGGGCAGUGGUCAUCAAGAACAAACAUUCUGGAAGGUUCCUGGCUGUUCAGCAGGGCCGCUUCAUAGGACUGCCGUCCCAUACGGAGGAGUGCAAGUGGUUUUUGGAAUAGCUGAGAGGUUUUCAUGAAUAAAGAGAAGCUCAGACAUCAAAGUACAAA